UCCCCUGUCUCUCAUAUCUUACAUCUCUAUCUUUACAAAAGGAAAGCUUCUUCUGUUAUCUUCUAUACUGACAAUGGCUUCAGUCUUCGGCUCCCCACCAUUUCUCUCCCACCCAAUUGUAAAACCCCACUUCUCUUCGUCAUCACAAACGCCACCUCCUCCACCAACUCCACCUUCACAGCCUCAAUCUCCAACAGUACCAUCUCCGCCGCUAGCUACCACUUCAUCGGAGCAGCAAGCACCAGUCUCUGUUAAAGCGGAACGGCAGAAACCCACCAAGCGCUCCACUGUUGAAACCACAGACUGGAUAGCUUCCUCCUUGACCAGGCGCUUCGGGCUCGGUGCUGGCCUUGCGUGGGCUGGCUUCCUCGCCGCCGGUGUAAUCUCUGAACAGAUUAAGACCCGCAUUGAAGUCUCCCAGCAAGAAGCAGAUACCCGAAAUGUUGAUAAGGAAGAGGAGGUGGUCUUGGCUAAUGGCAUAAGGUAUUAUGAAUUGAGAGUUGGCGGCGGGGCUUCUCCAAGGCCAGGAGACUUGGUUGUUAUCGAUCUCAAGGGAAAAGUAGAAGGCAGUGGGGAAGUGUUUGUGGAUACAUUUGGUGGUGACAAGAAGCCAUUGGCUCUGGUAAUGGGGUCUAGGCCAUACAGCAAGGGAGUGUGUGAAGGAAUAGAAUAUGCAUUAAGAUCUAUGAAGGCAGGGGGUAAAAGGAAAGUGAUAAUUCCUCCUAGUUUGGGAUUUGGGGAGAAGGGUGCAGAGUUGGGUACUGGUGUGCAAAUUCCUGCUUUUGCAACGCUUGAGUACAUUGUUCAGGUUGAUAAAGUCUCCAUUGCACCUGCUUGAAUUUGAGUGUCAUUGGGUAGUUUAUGACUUACCUGAAAUGGUUCUUUAUAGGUAUAUAAUAUAUACCCCUUGCAUUGAUUGUUUA